GAGCUACAGAGGAGCUGUGUGUGUGUGUGUGUGUGUGUGUGUGUGUGUGAUCCUGAGCACUUGGCUACUACUCCUUUAGAGAGAGCAGGAAAAGAACGAGGGAUUGAUGCCUCUGAGGAAGAAGAAGACAAAGGCAGAGGGAGGAGAGGAGAAGAAAGAGAAGAAGGAGAAGAAGAAGAAAGAGAAAGGCUCGUUCAGCUCCAUUCGCCUCAGGAGGAAGGACCCCGAGGAGCAACCAGCGCCAUGCAGCCAUGACGCAAUGCUGCCCCCUGCUGGUGAGCAGGUGCCGGUGUGUGAAGGUUCUGAUGUGGAGCCGGACCCCGAGGAACUGGGCCGGACCCUCAUGGAGGCGCUGGGGCCGGUUCUGAUGGGCGGAACCAGUGGACCCCCGGAGCAGAACCCUGGUAGCCUGCUGGAGGCCUGGGGGCAGAAGAACCCUGUUCCUGCCCCGGGGCAGGGCAGUAGAGCAGGAAGGUACCCCCAGCUCUGGCUCCGUGAGUUCCAGCAGCAGGUGCAGGAGUCAGUGGAGGAGCACUUCCCCUCUCUGCCUGAAGGGGUCAGUGCUGAGCAGCAGCCCCCCCAGCCCAGCGCCUACCUGAGGCAGGUACAGGAAGUGGUGCAGAGGGAGCUGCUGCGAUUGGCUCCUGUGCUCAAGGAGGCGGGGCUGCUUGGUACUGUGAUUGACAGGUACCACACCCACACAGUCAGCCAGCUGCAACUGCUGCUGCAGGAGAACUUGGAUAUGAACCAGACAUUCACACUACUGGAGUGGACACUACACACCUACCUGAGCGGUGAUCUUCUGGGUCAUAAAGAGCUGCACAGUGAUGUCACAAGCCACAUCGACUUCCUGCUUUACACUGAGUGUGUGCAGACGACUUGCAAACACCUCCUCGACACCGCCAAGGAGGAGGUGGGAGUGUGUCUGCAGCGCAUCCUGCCUGAGUCAGGACUGAGUGAGGAGAUGCAGAGAAACUCUGUAGAGGAGGCUACCCAGUGUGUGAGGAGGUGUGUGCAGAGAGCUCAGGAGUUGAGUCCCACCCUGUUGCCACGACUACGUCUCCCCCUCUCAGACCAGCUGCAGCAGUGUGUGCAGAGGUACGUCGCCAUGGAGAAGAAGCGUCUGACUCUGGGUCACACGGGGUUAACACACCUGUACAGCACAUGCAACACCUGCGCAGAACUCAGGCUGCUAGCGGUGCAGUUAGCCUCUGAGGCUCAGACUGAUGCUGCUUCUCCUGCUGCUGAUGCUGUGAAUCUCUUAAAGGAGCUGGAGGCACAAGCCACCAAACAGCUGCUGCACACAGCCACACGCAACACAGAGGCUCCUCUGAAGAGCUACUUUAAGACGGGGGGAGGAGACAUGGGGGAACUCUGCAACACGAUUGGACAGCUGUUUGCUCCUUUACCAUUGGUCAUCGACAAAGAUACUCACAAGGACCUAGUGGACUCGGUCUACCAACGCAUCACUAACUUGUACCUCAAACAGCUGUUGCUAAGCAACCGAGGUCAGUUGGAGGGGAGGCUGGGAGAUGUUGGGGAGAGAGUGAGGAGGGAUGCUGAGGAGCUGCACACCACCUUUACACAGCAGGAUGCUGGUGUACAGAAGAGGUGUGUGUUUCUGCACAAAGUCAGUGAGGUGCUGAAGUGCACUGGCGUGGACACACUAAAGCUCAUCCUCACCGAGAUCAUCACUGAGUGCCCACACGUCAGUGCUACACAGCUGGCUGCGCUGCUGAAGUGGAGGGGGCGCUUGUCUAAGCAGGAGAUGGCCGAUGUGAUGGACGUGCUUCUAGAAUGUUCCCCUCCAGCGUCGUCCUCUCCCGUCUCCGCACGGAGCGAGCCGCCAUUACAGGCCCCGCCCCUCAACCCCACCCCUCGCUGGUCCCGCCUCUUGACCUGCCUCCGUCCACCAAUCACAGCCUGAGGAGCUCUGCUGCCACGCCCUGCUUUGUCUUAGACAACCAAUCAGAGCCUGAGGAUCUGCAAACUUCCUGGUGUGAAUGGUGUGAAUCUGUGAAAUGGUCUGAUUCUGGCUAACUGUGAAUCUGCUCGUUGAUAUGCAGAAGCUCUGUGUUGGUGUUGUUUUGUCUGUGUUGGUGUUGUUGUUGUGUUGUCUGUGUUGUUGUUGUUUUGUCUGUGUUGUUGUUGUUUUGUCUGUGUUGUUGUUUUGUCUGUGUUGGUACUGUAUUGUCUGUUGGUGUUGGUGUUGUCUGUGUUGUUGUUGUUUUGUCUGUGUUGUUGUUGUUUUGUCUGUGUUGUUGUUGUUUUGCCUGUGUUGUUGUUGUUUUGUCUGUGUUGUUGUUGUUUUGUCUGUGUUGGUGUUGUCUGUGUUGGUACUGUAUUGUCUGUGUUGGUACUGUAUUGUCUGUGCUGGUACUGUAUUGUCUGUGUUGUUGUUUUGUCUGUGUUGUUGUUGUUUUGUCUGUGCUGGUACUGUAUUGUCUGUGUUGUGUAUUGUGGGUAUUGUGAUAUCUUAAGGUAACCAGAUUUCUGAGACAAAAUCCGGGAUCAUUUCCAGUUCAGGCUAAACUGGCCACUUGCUGGUUUAAACAUGGUGCUCAGGUUUUACACGUUUUGUUCUGUUUUGGAGUUGAAGACUCGAUUCUGUUUUUUAAUUUUCAAAAGUUGAACAUUUACAGUUUUUGCCCGUUGCUUGAACACAUUUUGCAAAACUUCGCUCACCAUACCAAAACUCUACACACUAGCGAACAUAACACAACACUAGGAAAUAAACCUUUCACAUGUAUGCCAAAUUGAAACUCUUCUAUCAGUACCUAAACUCUGCAAUCAAAACCCAACAAUCCUUUGUCAAAAUGUAACUCUGGUGACAAAAUGAAACACACUUGCAUCAUAUGCAUACACUUGCAAAUCAGGAGGAAUACACUAGUCUACUUUAUAUAAAACAUAUUUGCUUGAAUACAUUUAGAAAAACUUCACUCAUUGUGCCAAAACUCUACACACAAGGAAACAAUGACACAACACUGGGAAAUAUACCGUUCACAUCACCAUUUCCAAUGGCUAAACGAAUGGGCUUUUUGUAGAUGGCUGAUUGGUGUUCAGUUUUGCAAGUAAGUGCGUUCAGGUGUGUAUUUGAGUGGUUGCAAUUACCCGAUGUGUUUUGUAUUUUGGAUACAUGUGUUUAACAAAUGGUACUAUGAGAUUUCAUUUUUGAACGAAGUGUCUAUGUAUGACAUAGAGAGUAGUAUGCAGGACCAAGUGUGUUGCAUAAAGGAGUAAGUGUGUUACAGAAUUGCAACUAGAGUGCAAAGCAGCACUUUUGUUUAAGGUAUAGGUACAUGUGUUUGAGAUAUGGCAACAAAACUUCAAGUUGUGUUACUUUAGUCUAAGCAUGGGUCUAUAGUGUUCAAGCAACGGGCAAAAACUGUAAUUGACCUCCUCUCUUCUUUUAAUCAGUUUGACAUUUCUGAUUUUUACUUCUCACUUACUUUUUAUCUUCACAAAUUUAUAAUUUUGUGGAAAUGCAAAUAAAAUUACAGUUAUUUGUUACCAAA